ACACUUCCCAGGCGCUCCUGUGCGGCCGCGGUACCCGCGCCGCUUGGGAAGCGGAACAGAGGAGCACUGUCGGACGCCAUGGCCCCGUGGGGCGAGCUCUUCGCUGGCGUGCGCGGAGUGCUGCUCGACAUCUCGGGCGUGCUGUACGACAGCGGCGCGGGCGGCGGCACGGCCAUCGCCGGCUCGGUGGAGGCGGUGGCCAGACUGAAGCGCUCCCAGCUGAAGAUCAGGUUCUGCACCAACGAGUCGCAGAAGUCCCGGGCAGAGCUGGUGGGGCAGCUUCGACGGCUGGGAUUUGACAUCUCUGAGGGGGAGGUGACCGCCCCGGCACCGGCAGCCUGCCAGAUCCUGAAGGAGCGAGGCCUGCGACCGCACCUGCUCAUCCACGACGGAGUCCGCUCAGAAUUUGAUCAGAUCGACACAUCCAACCCAAACUGUGUGGUAAUCGCAGAUGCAGGAGAAAGCUUUUCUUAUCAAAACAUGAAUAGCGCCUUCCAGGUGCUUAUGGAGCUGGAGAGUCCUGUGCUCAUAUCACUGGGAAAAGGGCGUUACUACAAGGAGACCUCUGGCCUGAUGCUGGACGUUGGUCCCUACAUGAAGGCGCUUGAGUAUGCCUGUGGCAUCCAAGCCGAGGUUGUGGGGAAGCCUUCUCCUGAGUUUUUCAAGUCUGCCCUGCAAGCAAUAGGUGUGGAAGCCCACCAGGCCGUCAUGAUUGGGGACGAUAUCGUGGGUGAUGUCGGCGGUGCCCAGCGGUGUGGAAUGAGAGCGCUGCAGGUGCGGACCGGGAAGUUCAGGCCCAGUGACGAGCACCAUCCGGAAGUGAAGGCUGAUGGGUAUGUGGACAACCUCGCAGAGGCUGUGGACCUGCUGCUGCAGCACGUGGACAAGUGACCGGCCUCCUGGGAGAGCCCCACCUCCCCCACCCCUGCCUCUCCCCCACCCCUGCCCCUCCUCCACCCGCCCCAGUGCCCAGACCACCCAAGGCCCUGACAGCCCUGCCUUCUGUCCUGUGUGGGCAGGCAUAUGUUCCCUACCUGAGUGGCCUGCUCCCGCUUGGGCCCUGACUUCAGCUUCCUGUAGUGAAGUCCAGGAGAGGGAGACAGACCUGUCAGGCCUCUGGGAAGCUCCCAAAUCCCGGAACUCACUCACUCACCAUGCACCUGGUCCUUUAACUGCAGUAAACUCCACCUAACUGGACUCGGAGGCGCUCGCCCACUGCCGCCUCCUCAGAUCUCUGCAUUUAAGUGAGGAGCCUGGAAUAAACCAGGGGCCUGCUGUGCACAGAUCUUGCAGCGCAGAACCACGUCAGCCUCCCUGCGACUGCCCAAGCACACUACCCACCACCCCACCCCCGAAAUAGCACCAGCCCGCCGCUUUCUGUCCCCACAGUCACCUUUGCAGACAGGGACCAGGGGCAGCUCCCGAGGGCACUGUGGGGGCUCCGGUGCUACACAGCAAGAGCUGCAGCCUGUGUCCGAGGCACACAGGGUACUUUCUGGAGCCACUGCUGGACGGACUUGAAGUUGUCAUGCCCGGCAUGUGCAGGAGGAAAUUAACAGUUCAAUAAACUCUGCCUUGACCAGCA